AUUAAGGUGUCACUUCAACCAGUGAGUGGGUGAAAGGCUAUUUCCUUGUUGCUUUUUGUGUAUAAGAGUUUGUGAUUUGACAGGACUGCAGAAUUCAGCUGAGACUGAAGCCGGUUUGACCUUCAGUGAGCUGCCUGGGCUUCCUGUUUCUCUUACAUUUUCUUUGCAGCAGAACAAACCAUGAGGGUCUUUUUUCUUCUCUGUGCUGCCGUCGCUUUGCACAUCACAACAGCAAAUCCAGUGCUGCACUUGAAGCAAGAAGAGCCGCUGUCUGUUCAGCAAAACAACACUGAAUGGUUAUCCAGUCAGCACCUCUGUCCCCCCGGGUUUAGAGGGCUCUGGGGGCGAUGUUUCACCUUUUUUCCUGAUCCUAUGGCCUGGAUAGAUGCUGAGAAACAUUGUUGGUUGCUUGGUGCCAACCUCGCCUCCAUCCAUGACCUGAAGGAGUACGAGUUCCUCAUUGAGCUCAUGAAGGAAGUUGGAUAUUUUGGUCCAGCCUGGAUUGGUGCCAGUGAUGCUGUUCGGUUUGGGGAUUGGUUAUGGAGCGAUGGUUCACCAUAUGAACCAUGGGUCCCUAACUUGCCAGAGAGCUGGUUUAGAUGGAGACAUUGCCUCGCCAUACAUUCAGAUGAUUUCCUCAGAAUUGAUCGUCAUAAUUGUGAAGAGGGGCUUCCUUUCCUCUGUGGAACAAGACCAGGGUGUUAAACAUCAACUUGCAUGAAAUCACAUGAAACCAAAGUAUAAG